AUGCUUCGGGCCGAUAACAGCGGGCCUCAGUCUCUAGGUUUGGUCAUCGACAUCGAGAACCGCCUCUGCUCGAGGGGCGCUGUCAAUGCGGAGAGUCGGUGGACCAUCGACAGGGUCCCUGACAACUUGCGUAAAGUCCACAGCAGCGCAUUCGAUCCCGAAAUGAUAGGCAUCGGUCCCUUCCAUGGUGAGUCUCGACUGCAGGUCAUGCAAGGGCACAAGCUGCGGUUUCUAAACCGCCUUCUGGAAGGGAAUUUGGCGCGGCGGGGGAGCGGCGGAGAUGUGUCGAGGACGACCGAGGGGGAGAGAGCGUCCGAUGACCGUGAAUGUAAAGAAGACAACGAUGGCGAUCGGAUUGCGAAAGCUGAGCUUUUGGAUGACAUUAUGGAAGCCAUGCGGAUCUUGAAGGACAAAACGAGGGCCUGUUAUCAGGUGACUCCUGAGAUCGACGAAGACUACCUGAGAAGCGACUACUUUGUGGAGAAGACGGUGGUCGAUGGUUGCUUUGUGGUCGAACUGUUGCGCCUUUACCAUGAUCGGUUUUGCUUGCAGCCCGAUGCGGUGGCAAUUCAGGACGAUCCAAUCUUCACCAAUCCCCGGAUUCUGACAACCCUUCGACGCGACCUCCUAUUGCUUGAGAACCAACUACCUUUCUUCGUUCUCGAUAAACUGUACGAGCUGAUCAACAAAAGCAACAACAUUGAUCAUCAACAAGCUGUGCGGCUGGAAGUACUCGCCGUCACAUUCUUCAACCCACUGUUACUGGGACAUGAUGCUGCCUCUAAGUUGGACAACGAAAAACCCAAGCCUCAUCAUCUGCUCCAGGUUUUCCGAUCUACUUUCCUCAAAUCGGAGAGUGAGAAAGCCCACAAGAAGGGAUCGAAUUGGGUCAAGUCCCGGUCAAAUCCCAAGGGCAGUAUCAUGGGCAUCGACCUACACUUCGCAUCGGAGUUGGAAGAGGCUGGUGUGCGAUUUGAAAAGAGGAGGGGCCACGGCUUACUGGACAUCCAGUUCCGUCACCACACUCUACGGGUCCCUCCGUUGCCCAUCAACGAACACGCCAUCUCUCUCCUUUUGAACUGUGUGGCAUACGAACUGAACGUCGACCAGCCUGAGCCCAUCUUCGCGAAUUACUUAAUGUUCUGGAACAGUUUGGUCAAUAGCCCCGGGGACGUUCAGAUUCUCCACAAUCACGGGAUCAUCAAUAACACGUUGGGAAGCAAUGUGGACGUGGCGAAUCUGUUGGUAAGGUGUAGAGAGGUCAUUUACGAUCGCGAUCUGGGCUACUUGCACGAUGAAAUCAAGAAUGUGAAUGACUAUUGCGAGCGUUACUACGAAAGCAAGUGCCGGGUCUGGUGGAGAAGCCUCAUCCGCGAACGUUUCAGCAGUCCGUGGACAUGCCUCUCUCUCUUUGCCGCCAUUAUCCUCUUGCUGCUUACCUUCCUCCAGACGAUUUACACCGUUUACCCUUACUAUCGGCCGAAUUAAGCUUUGUGCCUGUCAUUCUAUGACAACAUGUGUUAUUAGCUCUGGCUUUUUGGCAUUUGAUGUCCUGUA